AUGAAAGCCUCAUCUACUGAAGACCCUGGGCAUGUGUUGGCUAUCCAGUCACACGUCGUACACGGUUACGUUGGCAAUCGAGCCUGUGUUUUCCCAUUGCAGCUACUGGGCUUUGAGGUAGAUUUUGUGAACUCUGUUCAGUUGUCUAACCACACUGGAUAUCGGACAUUCAAAGGGCAAGUCUUAGACGGUACAGACCUCAAGUGCCUCGUCGAUGGCCUUGAUGAGAACUCUUUGCUAUCUAGUUAUACGCACAUGGUCACCGGUUACAUUGGUUCCGCGUCCUUCCUUGCUGAAGUUGAAGCGUUGUUCAUAGAGUGCGUGCACAGUGCGAUCAUCUGCUCUACGUUUGCGAUCCUGUUUUGGGAGAUUACGAUCAAGGAAUGUGAGUAUGUGCCGGAGAACCUCAUUCCGGAGUAUCGCGCUCGGAUACUCCCGUUGGCAUCAGUGAUAACGCCAAAUCAGUUCGAGGUGGAGAAGCUCACUGGAAGAUCAGCUAUCAAAGAUGAUUCGGAGCUCUUUAUGGCUGUUGACGAGCUGCAUCGAAUGGGACCAGGCCUCAUUUCUGUUACUAGUACCAAUCUACCAGAGCAGUCAGCGACCAAGGUUAUAAUGCUCGCCUCUGAGGUUGACAAGGAGAGUGGUAGGCGUACACGGUACCGCAUGGAGUUACCUUCGAUUGAGGGCAACUACACUGGCACGGGAGACCUCACCACUGCCCUUCUUAUGGCGUUCUAUACACAGUUUGGAGUGAAGGAAGCUAUGACUAAGACUGGAAGUGUAUUGCAAAGUGUGAUCAAUCGGACGAGAGAUUAUCAUGAGGCUCAUUCUGGAGUUCCUGGGAAUCCUCCCGAACUCCGACUUAUCCAAUCAAAGAGAGAUAUCGAGAACCCUUGCACGCAGUACGAUAUCACAACAUGGAUCGACGAGUGA